GUUAUGGAAGUAUACAACACUUUAUUACCUUUUAUUUAUUAUUCUAUUAUGAAAGGUGAGUUCUUUGUCGCUCUGUAGCUAGAGGACCAAAGGGAAUCUAUGGCAGCCAUCUAAAUGUGCGUCUGUCUGGUCAUAAUUGAAUGACCAUGCCGAGCCAAACGACGUCCCCGCCGCCGCUGACAGUGACUGUGUUUGCAGCACUCUGGGUCAGUUUGGGUCGGUGUGGUGUGUCCGAGUCUCUGGGACCGCCGGGAUGUGACAAUGGAAAGCUGUCUUUGGACAGGGACUUAUUGCCUGCUGUUUAUUGGGACUGUCCAGGGUCUACUAUUUGGCCAGUGUCUCCUCAGAGACGUCCCAGUAUUGACACAGUGUAUGAUCCUGUGCCAGCCAGGCAGAUCUGCAUGGAUACAUCUAUUUCCUACAACCAUACCAUUCCCAACAGUGGAGCGUACAGACCAGUAAGGGCAGAGUGUGGAGAGUACUUGUACUGUCCUCCUCAACGGUGGCUCAAUAACUUGCACCAAGGAGCACCUGUUUUGCUGUACCAUCCCUGUGCGCCUCUCCAUGAGCGUCUCCUUCUGUCUGUCCUGGCCCGCUCAUGUCUGCCAGACUACAUUAUAACCUCCCAUCCACAACUCAAUGAACACAUGCCAAUAGCCUUGGUGUCAUGGGGUCACACCUUGGAGCUGUCCACCGUGGCCUCUUCAGACGUCUGUAAUUGGCUGGAGACCACAACAAACACACCAAGACAGUCUGGUGGUGUGAGCCGGAGUAGGAAGUACAACCUGUUGUUAAUCCGGUCAGCCGAGCAGCACUGGCAGCAACAUGCACAUCCAGAGGAACACUUCGCAAAAAUGAAGUCUCUGAGGCAAUGCUGUGAGCAGACCAUCUCUUCUCUGCUGAAUGGUGCGACGAAGAAAGAGCUAGAGUCCAACGUGAAGAAGGAAAGAUUGAGACAAAUGAAAGAGGAAGGAAAAAGGAGGCAGAAAAGAGCUGCCAUUAGAGAAAAACAGGAGAUUGUUAAGGAGGAGAGCGAGAGACAAAACACACGAACACACCGGCCCACCAACGGCAGGACAAGGAACUUCCAGAACUCCAACAGUACGCUUGGACCAUCAGCAGGUUCUCUUCCAGGGAUCAGGACUCUCUCAGAUCCUCCAGGUUCUAGGGGAGCUCCUUCUCAAUCUAAGAUCCAGAAUACAAAUCAGAGUCUUAAACCAAUGGCCACAGCUUCUUUGGAGUCAAAUAUGUCUGACCUCAAAAACCCAAACCCCUCUGGUGGGUUGGAUGUUGGUGCAGAUGGUGUGAACAGGGAACAUAAUGAGACCACAAGGCCUGAAGCCCGGGUCCUCGGUUCCAAAGAUGAAGGUAUAGACUCAGCCAAACAGAGGGACGAUGACUCUGUUGGACACAGCCUGAAAGAGAAAAUCUCUACUGAGAAAAACUUUGAUAAAGGCAACACAGCGGAUGGCACAAUGAAGGACAAUGAAGUGGUAAAUGUUAAAGAGAGGGAGUUGGAACAUAAGCAAACACACAGUGACACACACUCUCAACACAAAAGUGAAAAGAUUGGCUUUGGUUCUGUUUCCAAAUCCCAAUCAGAGUCGCCACCUCAGCCACAACAGCACCAGAACCCACAGUCAGCCACUACCCUGCUCAACAGCCACGACUGUGGUAGCUGCAAAGGAGCAGAACACUGUGAAUGCAACAAGGCCUCAGGGGCCUCGGCCGCUCUUGUGAAUGAAGGGUGGCUGAGGACCCCCAGGACAAACGAGGGAGUGUGGGCAGCAGCAGCACUGGGCUUCCUGCUGAUUCUCCUGACCCUGUCAGUGCUCCACACACGCCUGUACCGCCACUGGAGGACCACACCCAGUCUUUACUGGCACGACCCUCAACAGGACUACGACAGUGUGGCAGAUGUGAUCCGCAGGAGGCUACGAAUUGCAAACAGGAGGCGGAAAAGGGGCAGGAGACAGGAGUGUGUUCUUCUGCCCAGCUCCUCCAGCUCAGAAGAACAUCUAUAGAAAUCUGAAGGAAAAAUCCCAGAGAACGUAGAGGAGGUGGACAAUAUUGGCAACAACCCGUCUAUUAAAAAAGUUGCUGGAUAACCUGAAAAGCUCAAGCUGAAAUUCCACAAAGCUGCUCAAGGGUCAGUUAGAUCCUGUUUCCAAAUUUAUUGGGUACAGAGUGAAUUGACAGAGGUCCUCUUACAGUUUUUUUUGGGGGGACCAUCUUUAUACCUACUUAUCCUCGUGAAGGAGGGAGAACAGAAUAACAUUUUUUGACCAUCCAAAACGAGCAAUGUGUUAUAAACCGCAAGAACACAGGCAAAUUCUUUCUCUUUCAAAUUGUGUAUGUGUGUCAUAGAUAUACCAUUCAAUAAUAUUGUAACCAAAACCACAGUUCCCAAAUAACAAGCAUCAAAGAAUAUUGAC